UUCGGAACAUGAAUAGAAGGAGGAGCUGCGUUCUGUUUCCUUGGUACUUCACUCAGUUUCUUUUCAGGCUGACAAGAGAACAGAUCGUAAAAAAUGAGUUGCCUGGUAGUGCUGGGACGUGUUCUUAUUGUUGUUAUAAACAUAAUAUUUCUGGUUCUUGGCCUGGUGUUUUUCGCUAUCGGAUUGAUAUGUUUAGUGGGAGAAAGUUUACUGGAACCUUACUAUAAAACUGCUUUGGCUACCUUACAAACUCAAUUGGAGAAUAAUAACUUUGGGACUGUGGAUUUUUCUUCCUUCAGCCUCAGUGAUUUGAUUGGUGGAUUAGGGUACUUUUUCGUUGGUCUAGGCCUCUUUCUUUUGAUCAUUACGAUUCUUGGGUGUUGCGGAGCUUGCUGUAAAGUGAAAUUUAUGUUGAUUGCUUAUGCAAUCAUCGUCAUCGUUAUUCUCGUCGGAGAACUCAUUUUCGUUGGAAUCCUCUACGGUUCACCAGACACGAUAAAAGAUGAAAUAAGGAAUCCGUUGAAAACGUCUAUUCAGAGCGAUUACAUGGGGUUUAAUGGAACAAACAUCGUCAGUCUGGGCUGGAAUUUUGCACACAGACAGUUUGAAUGUUGUGGAGUGGACAGUUACAAUGAUUUUACUGGAGCAGCACAAUGGAACACAAAUUACGGAACUGGUCUAAAAGCUCCAAUAACGUGUUGCGUAAAUAUCCCAAAUUCAGCGACACCAACGUGUGCAACGACACCAGUAGAUAUAUACACCAAGAGUUGUUUUGAUGAAGUGUAUAAUAUGCUGCUGGGGAAUGUUGCUUUGGUGGCAGGUUCCAUUGCUGGAUGCGGAGUCUUCCAGCUUGUUUUAAUUAUCUUUGCUCUUGUCAUCUUUUGUGAUGCACGACAGUCAUCAAAAGUUGAUCCCAAACAAUGAUCUUUUAACAAUCCAUCAGCUCCAACUCCAAGAUAAAAUUUUCGAAGGAAAAGGGAAGUUACUCUUUGGAAAAUUCUGCUUCCGUCCAAAAUUGAAUAAAAUAACCUUGUAUAUUUUCAUGAAGUGGAAAAAUUAUAAUGAAUAGCUGGGGAAAUAUUUUAGUGAAUAUAUAGUAAACUGGGAACAAUGAAUUUUUCUGUCCUUUGGUCUAAAUUAGAGAUUGUUAUCGUCUGCAGUGCAGGGACGCCAUUGUUUAUUGUUGAAUUUUUAUAUGUGAUUAAUUUAAUUGUUUAUUUUUUAUGUUUGCUUCCUGAUGAUGAAGGUUGAUUUGACCUGAACUGCUACCGUUUAUAUAAUAAAUUAUUUUUUUUAUUGUU